UUAAGAUUUUGAAAUAUUUCAGAUAGUCCCAUUGCUGUGGUAAAUUCAAAAUAAAUAUUUUAUAUAGUUUUGAUUUUAAAUGUGCAGUAGUCUAAUAAAUUUAUAAAAAAUGUACAAAAGAUUGAAAGAGGUUAGCAAACUUCAAAGAAUUAAUCCCAAAUAUAUAUCUAUGAGAGAAUAUACUCAAAAGAUUUCUGAAAAUAAUUAUCCAAAAAGAAUAUUUUCUGGAAUUCAACCAACUGGAAAUUUGCAUUUAGGAAAUUAUCUUGGAGCUGUACAAAAAUGGAUACAAUUACAAGAUAAUGGAGAAAAUGUUAUUUGGAGCAUUGUUGAUAUGCAUUCCAUUACUUUACCACAUGAUCCAAAAGAGUUAAGCAAUAAUAUACUUAAAAUGACAGCAACAUUAUUAGCAUGUGGUAUUGAUCCAAAGAAGAGCAUAUUAUUUCAACAAUCUACUGUAGAUACACAUGCACAAUUAUGUUGGAUUUUGGGAUGCUUAACAUCUUUUACCAGGCUUGCUCGUCUUCCUCAAUUCAAAGAAAAAAGUGAGACAUUAAAAAGUAUUCCUUUGAGUUUAUAUAUUUAUCCUGUUUUACAAGCUGCUGACAUAUUGUUAUACAAAGCAACGGAUGUACCUGUUGGGCAAGAUCAAGUUCAACAUAUUCAAUUAGCUCAAGAAUUAGCCAUUAAAUUCAAUAAAAAAUUUGGAAAUACUUUUCCUGUACCUCAUUCUUUAAUUAAUGAAGAUGCAAGUCAACGUAUAAAAUCACUUCGUGAUCCUUCAAAAAAAAUGUCAAAGUCUGAUCAAACUUCGAAGAGCAGAUUAGAUAUAUUAGAUAAACCAGAAAUAUUAAUAGAGAAACUAAAAAAGGCUGUUACGGACUUUACAUCGAAAGUAACUUAUGAGCCAGAAAAACGACCUGGUGUUUCAAAUUUGGUUACUAUCCAUUCAAUGCUUACUGGAAAAUCGCCAGAUCAAAUAUGUUCUGAAGUGGAAGGAUUAGAUACUGGGAAAUAUAAAUUAGUACUAGCGGAUGUAAUUGUUGAAAAAUUGAAUCCAAUUCGUGAAGAGUUUUCAAGAUUAAUUAGGGAACCAGCUUAUUUGCAAGAAGUUUUGAGAAAUGGUACAGAAAGAGCAACAGAAAUAGCUAGUGAUUCUUGGUGUGAAGUUAGAAAUAAAAUUGGUUUUGAAAAUGAUAUUUUUCAUGUAAAUAAAUCAAUACGAAAUAUAAUAUAAAGUGGACAUUUAUUUAAAAAUAAAAUGUAUACUUAUUUAA